UUCGGAACACCGUUAGUAGCACAUAAUUCAAAUUGACGAGAUCCUUUCGAGUUUCCCUCCCUCCGUUGAAUCGCGACAGACACCCAAUGGAAAGUACCGCCGUCUACCCCGACUCCGAUUUACACCCUCCCGGCGCCAUUUCUGAAACUGGAGGUCAGAAAACGAAAAGAGGAUUAUUUUUUAAGGGAGAUUCUGUUUCUGUCGGUGUCGGAGCUGCUCCGAAGAAAAUUCUGGCUGACAUAACCAACAUGGACCAACAACUACAGCCAAAGCACCAACCUACAACUGAUGUCUCUAUUGACCUGAUUCUCAAGGAAAACGCGACGAUGAGGAAGCUCCUACUUCAGAGAAAUAAGCUAAUAGAAUCAUAUAAAGUAGAGUAUCAAAAGUAUCAAACCAAUUUUCAGAAACUUCGGAGGCAAAAUUCAGAAUUUGCACUUGCAAAUACUCAAAUGACGCGGGAGAUUAAUUCAAGUAGACAGAUGGUGAGAGAACUUCAACAGGAAUUAGUAAUGAAAAAUGUUACGCUCGAUACAUUGAGAUUAAAAUUGAUGGAAAAUGAUCACAAAGCAAAACUGAAUAUUGACAUCGAUGCAGAUGAGCAGUCAGAUCUAAAGUUUCAAGAAGAUAACAAGGGGAAAGCGAAAAGGAAGAGAGUAUCCAGAUGUCAAUCUUCUGCACCUGAUGUUGUUAAACAAGUCAAAUCAAUAGAAAAGGUUGAUACUCAGAGGGAUUCUGCAAGGCGGAAAUCUGCAGGGUUGAAAGCUGGAAAAUUAGGAUCAACAGAAGACUUACAUGAAAUAAAAUAUGAUGCCUCGCAACCACUAGAAAAUCUGGCAAACGAGAAUGAAUCAACAUCAUUAGGAUCCAAUGAUGUAGUGAGACAAGAUACUGAAUCCUUGGGACCUACUAACACUCAACAAGUUCUUGCCAAAAGGAAUACUGAAAAUAAGAGGCAUAGUUCGAGAAGGCAAUCUGCUCUGUUCAAACAUGUGAAUCCAGAAGCAGCUGAAGACUUCUUUGAUAUAGACGAUCCAAAAUUUGAAGUCUCCAAUUUAUGUGAUAACUUGUCUGAAAGUCUUCCUACAGUAUCAAGCCGCACUUCAGAAAACUGUCCACUUGAUCCUCAUGAAAGAAGAUCAUCUAUUGGCCGGCCUUCGCGUCGAUCAGCUCUGAAGGUUGUUUCCUACAAGGAGGCUCCAAUUAAUGUGAAGAUGCGUAGAGAUAAUUGAGUCAGUUUCCUAUUAAGUUUUGACUGUGUUGUCAAUUGUAGAGAAGAAUGAAAUGGAAAUCCAAAAAGCCUGAUGAUGUGACCUACUUCCCUGAUUCUACAGUGCAUGGUGGUAGGGAAUAUUUUGAUUUGUUGAAUAGCUUAUUGUUUAGGACUCUGCAUAUUUGAAACUGAUGUUUUAUUAUAGGCAAUUUUAUAUGAUAAUAUUUGACCCACUUCCAUAAUAUCUAUAAAAUGGGAGACCUAGAUAUGGGAACUAUGAUGCGUCUGAAUAGGGACAGUUAUGAGUGAGGAAUUGUGGGGCAACUGAAAGUUCUUUUUUUCAUGUCUGUCUCCUCCCCCUUCCUCGUCACAUUGUAAGUUAAAGUUACAGUGCUGACGUGGUUCCCAGUUUUUCAAAUGCAAAUGGAGUUCACUGCAAAAAGAAGGUAGAGAGAAAGGAGAAAUGUUGUAAUUGCAAACUUUAUUGUGCUUGAACUUGAUUUUGUUAAAAUUGAUUUUGUUGAGAAGUGAGAAUUGAUUUUAUAAUGAAGCGAGUGAGAUUAAGAGAGAGCUAGAGAGACAAGGAAAGGAAUGGAGUGAAAAAUUGAAGGAGUGGAUUCAAAAUCAAGGUAUAUGAUGUUUUUUGGUUAGUCUAAAUCAUAAUUGAAUUUAACUCUAAACCUUUCUUCUUAUAAUUGAGUUUAUGUAA